CAGGAGAAAAAUCACUAGUGGGUUAGGCCAGCAGCUCCAGGGAAUGACCGGGACAAUGACUGGCGGAGGAACAACCGGUAGAGGGUGCAACAGCCGGCCACUGAAAAAGAGCACAUCAGCAUGAUCUUCGGCGGACCCGAGGGUGGAGAUUCAGCCGCGCAGCAGAAGAAGUGGGUCCGGAGUAUUUACGUUGGUGAGGUAAGUGCUGAACCGGCCAGGCGGAAGCAUACCAGGAGGGAGCCGAUCGUAUUUACUGACCGGGAUCUUCCUCCUACCGGUGAAGAUCAUACUGAUCCAUUGGUCAUCACCAUGGACAUUAAUGGGGUGGAUGUUGCGUGGGUACUUGUUGACACCGGCAGCAGUGUCAACAUCUUAUACAUGGAGACUUUCCAAAAACUCAGGUUGUGUCAGACAACACUUGAACCCCUAAAGACUCCUCUCUCAGGAUUCACGGGAGAUACAGUGGAAGCUGAGGGAUCCAUAGUUCUACCGGUCGAACUAGGAAUAGGUGAAAAAACCGUAUGGAAGAAGAUGCGGUUCAUUGUUGUGGACAUCAAAUGCGUCCACAACGCAAUCCUUGGAAGGCCUGGCAUCAAUAGAGUCGGGGCAGUGAUUUCCAUGCCUCACCUAUGCAUGAUGUUCCACACUCCAGGUGGUGUGGGUGAGGUGAAGGGUGACCAGAGGAAUGCACGGGAGUGCUAUGCCCGGGCAGUCAAGAAGAUGACUAAGGGGGUCAACGUCAUCUCCCAAGAAAUCACAAAGGGAGACACCCGAGAGAAGCUGGAGCCUGAGGCUGAGACGGUGGAGAUUGAACUUCACCUGAGUGAUUCUUCAACGACGGUCAGAAUUGGAGCAAAUCUCCUAGAAGAUCUCAAGGCGGAGAUUACACGGGUCCUCCAAGAUUACGCGGGGAUAUUUGCAUGGAGCGUGGCAGAUAUGCCUUGGAUCGACUGCUCAAUCAUCUGUCACCGGCUGGCAACCAACCGGUCGACAAACCCACUGAGCAAUGGUGGGAGAUGUCAUGGGGCAUCUGGGCCUAGAGGGUAUGGGGGUGGAAUCAUGUUUACCACCCCAGAAGGGUUCAAGAUCUACCAUGCAAUCGUCUUCAACUUCAAGCUGACGAACAAUGAAGUAGAAUAUGAAGCUCUUGCUGGAGGGCUCAGACUUGCCCAAGCCUUGAAAAUCAGCCGGGUCAGUAUCAAAUCUGACUCUAGUCUGAUUCUUGGGCAAGUGACCGGUAAUAUGGAAGCCCGAGAGGGACCAAUGGCGCAAUACAAGGACCUGGUGCUUACCCUGUUGAAAGGUUUCGAAGAAUUCAAGAUCGCCCAAAUACCCCGGGAAGAGAAUGCAGAUGCAGAUCUUCUCUCCAAAUUGACGCAGUAUGCCCCCGAGCAUGUUUCAAAACUUGCCCGGGUAGAAAUUCUUGAUCGUGCCAGCAUUGAGAAAAAUUGGAAGUCGCCGCCAUAACAGCAACAGGCCAAUCUGACCGGUCAAACUUGGUCCGGGCGGAUGACCACUGGAUGUAUGAUCUGAUGGAAUACUUGAUGGACGGGAGCUUGCCAGAACAUGAAGACUGGGCAAGAAAGGUGAAGCUCAGGG